CAAAACCACGCCUGUUUGACAGAACUCCUGUUACUCGCCCCUUCAUAAUGAACACGGAGCCGAGCGCCGAAGACGAACGUCCCCAAAUCCUACGAGACACUCUCCAGCAGAUCUCGUCGACAGCAGCUGGUGCGGACACCAAAUGCUGCGUCAUCUGUCUCGGUGAUUUGGUUGAGCAAUGCGAAGCACGGCCUUGCCGGCACGACAACUUCGACUACCUGUGCCUGGUCACCUGGCUGGAAGCUCGACCGACUUGCCCGCUAUGCAAGAGCGAUGUCUCUGAAGUCCGAUACGAUCUAGGCGACGACGGGAAUCACAGAAAGAUUUACCACGUUCCGGAGCGGCCCGCCGACUGUGCUGUUGAAAGCGGACGCCUUGCGGCUUCGCCAUCCGGAGUUCGGCACAGCAGCCGUGCUGGCCUUCCGCCUCGGCGACGGCCCCGAGAGGACGAAGCUAUUCGGAGACGACGUUUGGUCUACCGGUAUCAGCUCUACUCCCUCCAUGUGGGCUCGAACAAUCGGCAACCGGCAAAUUGGAGGUACAAGGUGCUGUCACCGCAGCUCUUUGUCACAGACCCUGAGCUUGUGUCGAGAGCCAGAAUGUGGUUACGCCGCGAACUUCGCGUCUUCCGCUUUCUCUACACGGAAGAUACCGACGACUUACCGCCUGACCACGGUCUGGUCCGCAGAUGCAGGCCCUGUAAGGCCGAGUUCUUACUCGAAUACAUCAUCGCAAUCCUCAAGUCCAUGGACAUGCAGGGCAGCGCCGGCCAGGCAGAGGAACUGAUCCAGGAGUUUCUGGGUCGGGAUAAUGCUCGGCUGCUCCUGCACGAACUCAGGGCCUGGCUCAGGAGUCCGUGCAAAUCAUUGAGCGAGUGGGAUCGCGUUGUCCAGUAUCGGGGCGGGGACAUUUUGCGCCCGGUGUCUCAGGAGCGCAGCGAAGCAGUCAGCAGCGACGGGGCCCAUUCGGAGCGGCCAACAACGUUCGACCUGUAUCCUCGGGUCAACCAUCCCACCCCCAGAUGGGAUGAAUAACCAAUUCGAGCGACAGAGAUGGGUUGUUUCCUAUGCUGCACAACCCGACACCAAGUUACCUGUACUCGUGACGUCGCGCUAAUCAAUACCGCCCAUACCACCCACACAUAUGGAGAUGUGAUGAAUCAGGGCUGUUCCUGAACGACGGCAGUGGAGUCUUUUGUGAUGGACUCCUUUCUAUCAACCUAUCACCAGCGCCAUCUGGUACCGACAGCACGGUAACACAGUGCGAACGCGCUUCGCUGUGGGCUAUCCACUGUGAAUUUGUACUGUGUAUCCUCCGUGUAUUUGGAGAUAUUAACGAUCAACGUUACUGGUGUAGAGGUCCGCAGGCCUUCAGAUU